GCCUGGAUGCAGAGCUGUACUAUGUGCGAGAUGACGUGGUGAAUCAUUACGCGCUCUCCUUCACCCUGCCUGUGCCCAGUGAGACCAACAGCCUGCACUUCUCAUGGCAUUCCAAGACAAAGGUCGACUACCGGCUUGGCUUCCAAAUGGACAACGACGUGGCCAUGAACGAACCCCGAAGCAACAUCUCCAUUCAGGGGGAGGUGCCCCGCGUUCCCUCUGUCUUCAGAGUGGACCUCUUCUGUUCGGGCAGGGUGGAUGGAGAGGCUGUGUUAACAGUGCAGCUCAAUCUGACCAUACGUGCCAACAACUACACAGUGCUCAACUUCAAGAGGAGGAAAAUGUGCUAUAAAAGAAUAGAUUCUGACCCAAAGUUUCCUCUCAGCAAUAAAACUCAUCCACAGCCUGAAUAUGGUGUGACCGCCCCCACCACUUCCACCCAGGUGUUCUACAUCAGUGUGAGCGUCUGCUGCAUUGUGAUCUUCCUAGUGGCCAUCAUCCUGGCCAUCCUGCACCUGCACAGCAUGAAGAGGGUGGAGAUGGAGGACAGUGUGAGUGACAGUGGGAGCUCGCAGGGCCUGUCUCAGCCGUCCACACAGACCACACAGUACCUGAGGGCGGACACCCCCAACAACGCAGCCCCCGUCACCAGUAAGGCAUUUUACUCUUUCUUCUAA